AUGGAGUCUUCCAGCUUCUCGAGCGGGACCCAACGUGCUGUCAAGACUUGGCAAGCCUCCUUAGACGCCCCUCAAGAUGGCAUAAUGACUGCAGAACUUCUUGAACAAUUAUAUACGGUGGCACAAAUUGAGGGUCUGGAUAACAAAGGGAGUACUCUGACUGCUACACAAAAGGAAGAUACAAAUGAAGCUGUAGUUACUUCUGCAACAGAAAUUUCACAGGUCCAGCAAACACUUGUGAAAGAAGGUGUUAUAGAAGUAGAGGUAUCUGAGCAUCAUGUUUUUCUCCUUGGAGAGAACCGCUGGGAAGAUUCUUCUAAACUUAGCAGGAACCAAAAAAAAGGAGAAUGUGAUGGAAACAGGCAAGCCAAACAUUAG